AUGUCUUACCACUCCGAGACCGUGAGCCUCGAGACCGUCAACCGCGGCGAACAAGAAAGCCAUGACGAAGCUUCGGGUCGGCCAAUUCGCCCUGCAGACAAAGGGUUGUCUGCUUGGCUAUUCAUACUUGCAUCUUUUGUUGCUGAAGCUGUCCUCUGGGGCUUCCCGUUGUCGUAUGGCGUGUUCCAAGACUACUACUCGAAACAUCCUGCCCUCAAACAUGACCCAAGUAUUGCCGUCAUUGGAACCGUCGCUACCAGUGUCUACUAUCUCGGCGGACCACUGGCAACACCCUUUGCGGCCCGUUUCCAAGCGUGGCAACGACACAUGAUUAUCGUCGGCUGGCUAGGAUGUGCCUUAUCGCUCCUCAUAGCCUCAUUUGCGACUUCGGUACCUGGCCUCAUUGCAACUCAAGGGUUCCUCUACGGUUUCGCCUUUCUCUUUGUCAACUACCCACUUCUUCGGAUGCUCAAUGGGUGGUUCAUCAAGCGCAGAGGCCUUGCGUAUGGAAUCAUGUCGACUGGUGCUGGCUGUAGUGGUGUUGGCUUGCCGUUUCUUCUAGAGUCACUCCUUACGAAGUACGGGUAUCCAACAACUUUGCGAGCAAUGGCGGUGGCACAAUUCGUCACUCUACUUCCCAUGAUUCCCCUCAUCAAAGGGCGGCUUCCAGCCUCGAGACGGGGUACGCUGAGGAAAGGCGAUUUCAAAUUCUUCAAAAGGCCUCUGUUCUACUGCUUUGUCUUGAUUAACUUCCUUGAAGCGCUUGGAUAUUAUAUACCCGCACUCUACCUACCAACAUACGCAACGUCGUUGGGUUUCUCGGGAACGAUGGGUGCGCUGGUUCUGGCCGCGAACAAUCUCGCCACGAUAUUUGGCCAGCUUGCCCUCGGCUACAUCACAGAUCGUGUCAAUAACGUUCUCAUCCUCGUCUUUGCCUCCUCCUUCAUUGCCGCAAUUGCGACCUUUUCCCUCUGGGGCUAUGCCUCGUCCCUUGCACCGCUCCUCGCCUUUUCUUUGGUGUUCGGAUUGGCGACUGGCGGGUUCCCGUGUUUGUGGAACAAGUUCGGAUCGGCCCUCUCGGAGGAUCCGGGGCAGGUAUACAGUUGCAUGGCCUUUAGUAAAGGUGUCGGCAAUAUUUUGACUGGACCGAUCUCGGCACCGUUGGUAAUGGGCUCUCUCACACAUGGCUAUGGUCUUGGUCGAUUUGCGCCGUUGAUCUUCUUCACCGGAUCGAUGAUGUUGGCAUCCUCGCUAGCGAUUGUAGGCUGGCUACUCACAUGGCGGGCUGAUAAACGUUGA